GCGUCAUAAUCGCGAUUAUAAGUUAGGUUAUCCUGUCAAUCGCUCGUCCUGUCAUUGAUUAAAAAAUUUAUAUAUUUUUAUAUGUUCUGCUUUUAAUUUAAUGUAGAACGAUGACAGAAAUAAUUGAAUUACGGCCUGACAAAAGUUUGAUGAACUCGGCCUUUGAAAAGUAUCAAUUUUCUAGCGAAGUCAUUCCUAUAAUUUCUGAAAACAAACUAAAAAGUCAUGUAUAUAGAUUAGAGUCAAAUCAUAAUCAGGAAUCUUGGUUGGAAGCAAGGCUAUUUGCUUUUCACAAUCAUUUAUUUAAUAAUGUAUAUGAUAUGUCAUGCUGGUUUAUUGAUGAAACUUCAGCUGUUUGGCGGCUAGAUAAGGAGGGUUCUUUGGACCAAGUAUACAAAUUACACACAGAUACAGACUUAUCAAAAAUAAUAUAUAAUCCAUCAAUUGGAUUUACCUCGAAUAAUAUUCUGGUAAUCUCUGAUGGUGGUGAAAAUCUACAUAUGCUGAUAACGAGUACAGGAGAAAGCAAAAAAUAUUUUCUAAUGAAUUCUAUAGAACCUGGAAUCAUCAUGAAUGUUCAAUAUGUAGAAAAGAGCUCGAAAAUUGUUGUAAUCAUGUGCACUAUUGCUGUAGAUGAUAAUCAGAAGAAAUAUACACAACUUAUAUUGUUAUCUUAUAACUUGGAGUAUGUAGAAGAUAAAAUAGGAAAUAUUUAUUGUAUAGAUAAGCAGAUAUUGAAAGUACAAGGUACUGUGGAUUAUGCUUAUUUGGAAAAAAAUGGCAACUAUUUACAUUCUAUUUGUCAAGAUAAUAUUAAUUUUGAGAAAAACGACACACAAGAAACUGAAACUGAAGUAAAACUGCCAAAUUCGCAGAUAAAGAUUCCAAAUUAUCAUUGGUCACAAGAUGAAGAGUCGCUUACCAUUUGGGUUAAGAUACCAAAACAAUACAACAAUAAACAACCUAAAAUAAAUGUUAAACCAUUAGAAUUGUCUGUUACAAUAGAUAAUGAAAUAUUGAUACAAGGAGAGUGCCAAUAUAGAUUAGAAGAAAAUAUGGCAACUUGGAGGCAAAAGGAAGAUAUAUUGCAAAUUGAUCUAAGUAAAUAUGAAAGUGGAUUAAUGUGGAGUGAGUUAAUAAAAAAUGAUACAGGAGGCGAAUAUUUACCCAAUGAGACUCUCUCUGCAGAAAUUCAUGAGAAGUUAGCACACUUAUGUACAGAUCAACAAGAUGUUAGAGGAGAUCAACCUUGUGUGGGAUUCAAUGUUGAACAAUUAGAAGAGUGUGAUUUAGAAGGAAAAGAUAAUUUUUUACAAAGGAUUAAUCUUCUCACACAAGCAACCACGCAUCUGGCUAGAUUGGGAAGCAAUAAUCACGUAUUGUUUACAUGUAAAAGAAAACAUGGACAAAUGGUAUGCCUGAGAUGUGAUCAUGACGCUUGCGUUUGGAUAAUAGGCAAUGCAGAUGAUAAUACUCAAUGGAACCUAAAACAUGUCCAUAGUUUUCCCGGAUUUGGCUAUGUUGAAGCUAGCAAAACUAAUAAAAAAUUUUGUGUGUCUCCAAUUGAUGGUUCAUAUAUAGCUAUAAUAGAACAUGCGAGACAUGUAUUCCUAUAUGAGAAACCUGAUAUUGGAGAGAAAAUUGCCAAACAAAGAAUCGUGGACCUUGAUUGUCAAGCAUCUCCCAUUAUGGGUGUCGUAGCUACAAAUAAAUAUUUGAUUGUACUUUCAAAAGAUAAAUUAUAUCGUUUACAGAUUUGUACAUGAUAAU